UCCAUUAAAAUACACAGCUCUGAAACUAAAAACAUAAACAAAGUCCCAGGAAUUGAAACAAUUGAAAGUAUAACAAAAAUGCACAAAGUGUCAACUAUGAGACGAAUAUUUGAUUUGGCAAAGCUUCGAACCAAAAGAUCAACGCUUUUCCCAGCUGUUAACAUCUGUCCACAGGAGUCUUUGAGACAGAUUUUAGCAAGUCUUCAAGCUUAUUAUAGACUGAGAGUGUGUCAAGAAAUAGUGUGGGAAGCAUAUCGGGUCUUUCUGGAUCGCAUUCCAGACACAGAGGAAUAUCAAGACUGGGUCAGCCUCUGCCAGAAGGAGACCUUCUGCCUCUUUGACAUCGGGCAAAACUUCAGCAGCUCCCAGGAGCACCUGGACCUUCUUCAGCAGAGAAUGAAACAGAGAAGCUUCCCUGAGAGAAGAGACGAAAUAGCCCCAGAGGAGACACUGUCAGAGCCUACCAAAACCCCUGUGUUAUCCACGGAUGUUGCCAGCAUGUCACUGGGGCCCUUCCCACUCCCUCCUGAUGACACAUACCUCAACGAGAUUCUUAAUGACACCCUCAAAGACAUCCAGAAGCCCACAACAGAAAGCAAAACAGAACCCAUUCGUGUGUCUGAAAUCUCACCAGAGGAGAAGGUGGAGUUCAGCAUCUCUCUGCCAAACCACAAGUUCAAGGCAGAGCUCACCAACUCUGGGUCCCCAUAUUACCAGGAUCUGGAGAGACAGUCCCAGCUACAGUUGCAAAAGAUAUUUAAGAAACUUCCAGGGUUCCAAGAAAUCCAUGUGUUAGGAUUUGGACCAAAGAAAGAAAGAGAUGGUUCAAACUCCACAGAAAUACAACUUAUGGCCAUCUUUAAGAGAGACCACAAAGAAGUACACAGCCCUGCAAGCAACCUCCUGUCUCUUGAUUCCAACAAAAUUGAAAGUGAAAGAAUCCAUCAUGGAGCCAUAGAAGAUAAGCAACCAGAAAUCUACCUCACAACUAUGGACCUCAAAAAACUCAUCAUCCAACUACUAGAUGGAGACCAUUCCUUGGAUGUGGGGACGAUUUGGUUCAAUGAUGAAGUUGGUGGGUCAUUGUCAGUCUCCAAACCUGUCACCCUGUCGGGGCUGCCCAUGCCCGUUGCUGACAUCACUGAGGAUGCUACUCUGAGUUCAGAACUUCUGCUCAGCGAACCUGGGCUUGAGGCAGUGGACCGAGAAGGACCUGACCUGCCUGGCAUGUCCUCCGAAGACAGUUCUUGGUCUCCACCUCCAACAGCCUCAACUUCCCCAUCGGAAAAUCUACCUUCUUUUACCACACCUAGCAUCUUCUCUCCGGCUGAUCAAAGCUCCCCUCACUUGAUGACCACUGGCCAAACAAUACUGGUCCCUGGGCUCACGCUCCCUGCUAGUGACUAUUCCACCAUCAGCCAAUUGCCUCUAGAAACGUCACAUUGGCCUGCGUCUUCCAGUGUCAGCCAGUUGAUUACAAGCAGCGAAGAUACAAUCAGAGAUCUAGAGGAAAUGGAUGUAUCGGACACCCUGACCUUGCCAGAAGUAUCAGGACUGAGUGGAUAUGAUGCUACCCCGGAUCAUUUUUUGGAGAUAACCACACCCAUCCCAUUACAGUACAUCACCACCAGCUCUGAGACCAUUGCUACCAAGGGCCACGAGUUAGUGGUAUUCUUCAGUCUUCGAGUUGCUAACAUGCCUUUCUCCUAUGACCUGUUCAACAAGAGUUCUCUGGAAUAUCAAGCCCUGGAACAGCGAUUCACAGACCUGUUGGUUCCAUAUCUACGAUCCAAUCUUACGGGAUUUAAGCAACUGGAAAUCCUCAGCUUCCGAAACGGGAGUGUGAUCGUGAACAGCCGAGUGCGGUUUGCGAAGGUGGUGCCCUACAACCUCACCCAGGCGGUGCGCGGGGUCCUGGAGGACCUCCGAUCCACAGCAGCUCAACAGCUCAAUCUGGACAUCGACAGCUACUCUCUCAACAUUGAACUAGCUGAUCAGGCGGAUCCCUGCAAAUUCCUGGACUGUGGCAAAUUUGCCCGGUGCAUAAAGAAUGAGUGGACGCAGGAAGCAGAGUGUCGCUGCAGACAGGGGCAUGAGAGCCACAGGACCCUGGACUACCAGGACCUGAAUCUCUGUCCCCCUGGAAAGACAUGUGAGGUCGGCCGAGGACAGGCAGCUCCAUGCAGGCCCCCAGGGCACUUUACAAACCAAGCCCACCCACCUAGGGUUAAAAAGUUACACCAGCAAAACAAGGUAGCCAAGAAAAGAAAUUAUAAACUAUCUGCUAAAGAACUUGAAGAAUUUGACCACCAGGAUUGGGAAGGAAACUAAAAACUGAAAACAUACACAUUAUAUUUUAAAGUAUGUUGGAAGGCAACUUUCUUUCCUAAAGAAAAGUGCAUCCAUUCUGUUAACUUCAGAAAAAUGGAGGCAGUGGUCAUUGGAAUCUAGGCAUGUAGUUAACACUGAGAACCAACAUGUUUCAGCUAUAAUAGGCGUGUAUUUGAUAACUGGUUAAACCUGGAGGAGGGUACAUUAUUUUAGUCAAAACUCAAAGAAAUCAGUGGAACACAUUUUGACUAUUUUUGGAUGGUACUCAAGUUGAAAAAAAAAACAAACAAACAGGUUGGCCUGUUUCUGUCUUAAAAUUAUUACUUAAAGCUUAUUUCCAACAAGUACAACUUGUUUUGUGGGUUGUAUAGCAUCAGGGAUCAGGCUCUUUUAUAUAUGAGAAUAAUCAUUUAUAAGAUUGUUAUUUGGGCUAGAAAGAUAGCUAAAUGGUUAAAAGUGUAUACUGCUCUUUCAGAGGACCUGAGUUUAGAUCCCAACACCCACACUGAGUAGCUCACAUGCACCUGCAACUCCAGCUCCAGAGAACCCAAGCACCCUCCUCUGGCCUUUGUACUCAGGUGCACAUAACCACAAACAAAUGCACCCACACAAUUUUUUAAUUAAUUUUUUAAUUGGGAGUGAGGAGGCAGGCUGGAGAGAUGACUCAGUAGUUAAGAAUACUUGUUGCUCUUCUGGAGAACUCAGGUUCAGUUCCUAACACCCACAAGGCAGUUCACGAGUAUUCAUAAUUCCAGUUGCAGGGGAUCUAACACCCUCUUCUAAUUGAUUACUGCAGGCACCAGGCUGGCAUGUGGUCUGCAUACAAGAAGGCAGGCAAAACACUCAUACACAUAAAUUUAAAAUCUAAAUUUUAAAAAUAUUUUAAUUUUAAAGAUGAUCACUUGUGUGAGGGUCAGGUUUCUCAUGUAUGAAUGUAGUAUCAAGCACUGUGAUGACUAUAUUUAUGAUCUACA